AUGCAUUGCUGGGAACCUGCACUAAUGAAGAUCAAGCAUCUUCAGAAGAUACUUACGCGGACUGAGGGAGAACCUACAUGUUACCUGUGGUUCAAUGAAGGCGGUGGCGUUGUGGACACGCACAUGAAGAUUGGUACUCCCUGCCACUUUCGUGCUUGUGCUUACGGAGAAGGAUGUGAUGGAUGUCUCACUGAUUUGAUUCCUGUGAAAGAACGUACCAACCCCCGAUGGGUUGAUACAUCGCAGAACCUCGCAGUUGCCAACUUCAACGCCGUUGAUCAUACCGGUGCGCCAUUGCCUGAGGCUCUGCUACCACAGACUCUGAAUGGGGUGACCAUUGAUGUCGCUUUCACUUUACGUGAUUGGAAGUUUGGUCACAAUACUUUGGUACUGAUGUACCAACAUCACUUUUAG